GGCUCUGGCUCCCAUGGUGUUCAGUCGGGCAGGGGGCACUGACAGGUGGAGGGAGGACGAGGAUCUGAGGGAGCGAGAGGGGAUAUGCACCUGGAGAAGGUCGGAUAGGUAAGGAGGGGCCAGGUUGUGGAUGGCCAUAUAUGUAUAUAGAAGCAGUUUGUAAUUGAUGCAAUGUUGAACUGGGAGCCAGUGGAGCUGUUGGAUAACGGGGGUGAUGUGCUGCUGGGAAGAUGUUUUUGUGAUGAUACGAGCAGAGGCGUUUUGAACCAGCUGGAUUUUAUGAAGGGACUUUUGAGGUAGGCCGAAGAGGAGAACGUUGCAGUAAUCAAGGCGGGAUGUGACAAGACUGUGACAAGAAUAGCAGUGGUGCGGGGGGUGAGGGAAGGCCGAAGUCUGGUAAUAUUGCGGAGGUGGAAAUAAGCAGUGCGGGUGAUGGUGUUGAUAUGUGAGUGGAAGGUGAGCAUGCUAUCCAGGAUGACACCCAGACUCAACCUGGGGGCAAGGGGACACUAGGGAACUGUGAAUGUUGAAGGAAAAACUGUUUACUUUAGAUAAAGUGGAUUUGGUGCCAAGAAGGAGGACUUCAGUUUUAUUAGCAUUUAAUUUAAGAAAGUUUGUUGUGAACCAUGUUUUGAGUUCGGAGAGGCAAGAGGUGAGGGAGGGGGGUGGGAGUAUGGAGUUUGGCUUGCAGGAGAGGUAGAGCUGGGUGUCAUCAGCAAAGCAGUGAAAGUGGAUAUUAAAUACAAGCUUUAUCCACAUUAGCAGGUCGACUUUGGCCUUCCAGCAGGAUGACAAUAUGUUAAUAGUGAGGCACAUGUUGGCACCUGUGUGCAACCCAGUGUGCUGUCACUUUUCUAUUAGUGCACUGAAUUGACUUACUAGUGAGGACAAUUGGGUCUUAAACUGUAUUUAUCCUGACACUCAAAUAUGGAAUUCGGUCACAGGCAAAGGUCACGCAUUCCUCACUUGACUGUCAUGCAUCAAUGGCAGUUAGUACUAUAUUGUUAGAAGAGCAACCCAUCCCAUCAAAAAAAAAACUGGUCAAUAGAACAGAGGGGGCGGAGUAGUACAGGGUAGCUGGGUGAGUAUAAAUGGGACAUCACACAAGAGUCCUCUGUGGGUGAAGGGAGCCCAAAGACUUUCGCAGGAGUACUGGCUGCCCACCAUUUCACUUCUGUGCACCACGCCAGCAGCAUGGAGACCUCCAGCACAACUUUCCUGCCCAUAAUUGGCCUCGGCUCAAUGGCUCAGUCAGCCGGACUUGUGGAGAUUGCCGUCAGGCUGUGUCUGAACCAACGUAAGCAAUUGUGUCCUCAUGUUUGGGUGCCCAUCUUGAAACCCCUGCGGCCUUGCAUCCGCUCCACAUUUCCAAAGGCCACAUCAGCUGACAUCCGACGCCAAGUCGGUUCAACCCAGACGCUCGCAGGUUACUUUGAGGACUUGGAUGAUGACAAUGAUGUUUUGGCCCCGGUCAAGAACAAGCAUGUGGUUUUCGCUGACUCCAAGGGCCAGUCGUUGACAGAUGUGCGAAUCUUUUCUGACGAGGAAGACCACUCCGACCUCGACCCUCUGCCGUCCCUCCAAGGUUUGGUUAAGAUGACUGAGCUUGGUUACAGCUGCACGGUCAGCACCUGCUGCCCAGGUACACGGCUCACGCUCGGUUUCCCGCAGCCCUCCGCUAAUUUCCAGGCCUUUCGUGCAAAGCUUGCUGAGAACAUGGUCACCCUGGAGAACUGCACGGUCACUGGGCAAAACCUCAGAGGCAUCGCCCGAGUCCAAAACCUCAGCUUCCAAAAAGAUGUGCGUGUGCGUAUCACCUUUGACUCAUGGCAGAGCUACAGAGAUGUGCCCUGCACGCACCUGCCGCAGCGCUUUGGAGGGCCGCAAACAGACAUCUUUCAGUUUGACAUAGACAUACCCAAAGUGCUUGAUGCAAAGAGGAAGAUAGAAUUCUGCUUAAGUUAUUCACCAGGGGGGCAGGCUAAUACUUUUUGGGACAACAACAGUGGACGGAACUAUGCAAUUAAGGUGUGUGUGAGCUCACAUCUUUGUCACAAUUAAAGAAGUCAAACAACAUGACAUCAAGCUCAACUUUAAUGUAAAUUAACUUUUUUUACUUAUAUUUACAAGGUUCUUUUAUUUAUUGUGUGUUGUGUUUUCUUCGGACUUUUUGUGUAUUAAUUAAAAAAUACAUUGUUGUAUA